AUGGAAGAGAAAAAGGUCCUGUUGUUGCUGCUGCUUUUGGUGGUGGCUCUAGUGUCACAGGGUUGCUGUCAACAUUGGUCCUAUGGCAUGAACCCAGGGGGGAAAAGAGCGACUGGCAGCCUGUCUGACACCCAGGACAAUGUAAGUACUUUACCUAUUCAUAAUGUGGAAGCAGAACUAGCUAGGUCUAUUUACUAAAGGUUGAGAUGGUAAAGUAUACAAUGAUGGAAGGGAUGUUCCUAUAUUUGCAUAGUAUAAUCUGGCUAAAUGACAAUUCUACAGAUGGCUGAAGACCUUCUGAAGAUAGACCCUUGCAGUUUGUUUGGCUGUGCUGAUGUCUCACCUCAUGCCAAAAUGUACAGGCUGAGGGCAUUACUUGUGAGUGACAUUUACAAUUUUGCAUAUACAUUUCCCUUCAAGAAGCUACCCAGAAGUUGAAUAUAAAGCGAAAUUGUGUUGGUAGUUCAAUAUUGCUACUUUAUUUAAUGUAUGUGUUUUUUUCUAAAUUUCUUCAAUUUUUAUCCAAAUUGUAAAUUAUGUUUUUCCUUUACUUUUUUGUAGGCAAGCCUCGCUGACAGACAAAGUGGACUCAAUAAUAUAUAG